UCUUCUCCAGGACUAGCUGUGAUGAUGGAGAAAGCUGCACUGCUGCUGUUUUGUUGCCUGAUCAUGACUUUAUCAGGCUCUCCGCUCUAUCCUUCCAUUAGGUUCGGCCAGAGGGAUACAGCUAUCCUGAUGACAUCUUCACUAAAGAAUCCAGCAGAGCAGCAGGAGGAAGACACGCGUCCUCCCAGGGAGCCGGCAGAGUUGCGCUUAGGACGCCACGCUGAUGCCAUCUUCACAAACAGUUACAGGAAAGUCCUGGGCCAAAUCUCUGCCAGAAAGUUCCUUCAGACAAUCAUGGGCAAACGGCUGGGAGAUGAGAGCUACAUGAAGCGUCAGUCAGAUAUCUAUGAAGGGACAUACAAGGAAGAUCUCACAGCCAUCCAGAGAAAUCAGAGAUACAGGGGAGUGCAUGGAAACGUCAUGAGACCGAGACUGCUGAGUUGAGGAGGACAAACUGAAAGCCGCUUCAUCAUGUUUUUCUUAACCAUCGUGAC